AUGUCGUCGUGCAGCCAGAAACAGCGAGCGCUAAGACCGCCACGCCGGCGGCAGUCCGCAAAUGCCUCGCCUACUCUAGCAAAAGCGAACAAACGAUAUCCGAACUGUAAACAGACGGACCAAGAAGACAAGGUGGAAGAAACCGUGGCUGGUCCACUGCGUCCACUUGGUCAAGAAGUCAUGGGCUGCGCAACGUCAUGAAUGCACUGAUUGGCACGAGCAAGAAUAUUUUUGUCAACAAAGACGAUCGAAGUCGAAAUCGCCCAACUCAAGCCAUAAACGGAAUCAUCGCGGUACUAAUUGGAUAAACCGCUGAGGAUGAAUAAAUGUGCUCGUUGAUCUUGCAUUGACUUGCGGGUUACUCAUGGCUACUCAGUUACGGCUGUAAAUUAUUUCUUUGACGCCUCUCGUGUAUCUCCUCACGUUCCAUCAUACUUGUAUUUUCGGUGUACUCGUUUUGUCCUAGUUACCAACACAGUUUCAUCAGCAUCUUGGUCCGAGUCUUUUCCGCUCAGCUAUCUAGUAUUCAAUCGAACAGCUUGCUUUUUCAACAAAUGGAUU